AUGGCAGGCCAAAAGCGCAAAGAUGCGACACAAUCAUCAAAGCAACCAUCUAAAAUGCCCCGAAGAGCUCCAAGCAAGAUGAAAAAGAAAGACAGCACCUCUGAUACCCAGCUCUGCAAUCAAGAUGCGUCGGUCUUGUUCCGUCUUCCCCGCGAAAUCCGCGACAUCAUCUAUCGAGAAAUCUUCGUCUUCCCCGUAACCGUCCACCUCGCCUACGUGGGAACCAGCAGAAUCCGCAAAUUCCGUAGCUUUCUCUGCAAGUUAUCCAAAGAUGAGCAGCCCGAGAAGCGCCCGCAGCCGCUCUGUCCACGAUGUCGAGUCAACCACCACCGCUGCUCACCACGGAAGGGGACGUCUGACGACGUCGUGGGGCGUCCUUCACCCGAGGUCCAAACCCAAGCUAGGGCCCUGGCGUUGCUGCUGAGCUGUAGAAGGGUGCACGACGAGACGGCUGAAAUGCUCUACCGCGAAAACACAUUCUACAUUGAGAAUCCGCGCACCCUGCUGGAACUCCCGUCCGCCUUAUCCCAGGCGCAACUCAGUUCGUUCMGGCAUCUGUAUCUGGAAUCGGCUCGGUAUGGUGAGAAUACCCCGGCUGACCGAUUGGAUAAAUGGGCAGCCGUUGUUGCAGUGCUGGAACGACUUGACGGACUUGAAACCCUGGUAGUUAUUCUACGGCCGAUGUUUGGGUUGGAAUGGGAGGUUGAGGAGCUUGUAAAGCCACUUGAGGCGGCUGGGCUUCCGACGUUGAGGGAUCCGCCCGAAAACGCCCCUCAGACGCCGACGAUCACUGCCAAGCGACCCAUGGGACGCGCAGACGGAUCAGCAGGGCCUGCGAUCGGUGCCGUGCGCAAAAGGCCAGAUGCGAUGGAGGAAAACCAUGCAUUCGCUGCGGGGACAACGUCCCUUGCGUCUAUCAGGAGAAGAAACCGCUGCGACGCAAGUAUCCCGCUGGAGGAACACCAGGCGUAUCUGAUUACCGGUCUGAGGAAGUUAUAUGAAUCCAUUCAGCAGGAUGCAAAACUCCCAGAAGUCGAUCGCGAUGGCAACAACCGACCGAUUGUCCACGAACUGCUCGAUAAACUCGGUAUCUUUGAGGAACCGAUGAAGGAGCACAAGCCCACAAUGACUGGAAGCAAAGCGGACGCAAAACCGUCUCUGCGACGUCUGAAUGGAAACGAUAUCAUGGGCGGAGCGAUAACCAGGUUGCCAGAGUCAUCUAGAGCCUGGUCAUCCACUCAAGAGGUUAAACCCUCGCUUGCCUCAAAUCCGAAACCCGCAGUAAAUCUCCCUCGCGCCUUGACACUGCCAAACCAUAUCCCUCUCAAUACGGGGAUGGCACAACAGCGGGGUGCGCGCCAGUGCCACGGUCAAGCUGGUGCGGCGGGCCUCAAGCGUCAACGACCAGUCGCUCUCAGUAACGGAUUCUGGAGGUGGUCGUUUGACUUUUCCGACUUUCUGGCUGUCUCGAGUCGGGAUGGAUUGUGA